GCAGCACCAGCAGGAGCAGCAGCAGCACCAGCAGGAGGAGCAGAACCACCAGCAGGAGCAUCAGCAGCACCAGCAGGAGCAGCAGCAAUAUGAAGAAGACUAUAACAGUGAUGAUAGUGCUGGUGAUGGGUCACAGCGCAUGUGAUGGUAAUAAAGGCGACGUGAGCUGCUAUUCCUGCGACACUGUCAAGCGCUGCACCGCAGAGUUCACCUGGAUGAACACGACCAGUUGCAGCGGCUUCUGCUUCAAGAAGAUGUCUGAUGACGAUAAGCCCAAACAUGUUGUCAGUCGCGGCUGUAAGACAGUGACGGAGGCUAAGGAGUCUGAGGAUGAUGACGUCCUCGCCUUCUGCAACACUGACCUCUGCAACACUGGUCCUGCAGCAGCUCUUGCUCUCUCUUCUCUGCCGAUGGUAGCCCUCCUGCACCACCUGCUGUAACCCUCCUGCACCACCUGGUGUAGCCCUCCUGCACCACCUGCUGUAGCCCUCCUGCACCACCUGCUGUAGCCCUCCUGCACCACCUGCUGUAGCCUUCCUGCACCACCUGCUGUAGCCUUCCUGCACCACCUGGUGUAGCCCUCCUGCACCACCUGGUGUAGCCCUCCUGCACCACCUGGUGUAGCCCUCCUGCACCACCUGGUGUAGCCCUCCUGCACCACCUGGUGUAGCCCUCCUG